CCGGGGGGAGGGGGGCAAGAUGGCGGCGGCAGUAGGGGUCCGCGGCCGGUGCGAGCUGCCGCCUUGCUCCGGCCCAGGGUGGCUCCUCCGCCUUUCCGCCUUGCUGAGUUUGGCGACCCGAGGGGCCCUCGCCACCACGCACUGGGUCGUCACGGAGGACGGGAAGAUCCAGCAGCAGGUGGAUUCACCAAUGAACUUGAAGCAUCCUCAUGACUUGGUCAUAUUAAUGAGACAAGAAACAACAGUUAACUACCUCAAAGAGUUGGAGAAGCAAUUAGUUGCUCAGAAAAUUCACAUAGAGGAGAACGAGGACAGAGACACAGGACUGGAACAGAGACAUAAUAAAGAAGAUCCGGACUGCAUCAAGGCCAAGGUGCCCUUAGGGGACCUGGAUCUUUACGAUGGCACAUACAUAACUCUGGAGAGCAAAGACAUCAGUCCUGAAGAUUAUAUAGACACAGAGUCUCCUGUCCCUUCAGACCCUGAGCAGCCCGAUUGUACUAAAAUUUUAGAACUUCCGUAUAGUAUACACGCCUUUCAGCACUUGCGGGGUGUACAAGAGAGAGUUAACCUUUCUGCACCUCUGUUACCUAAGGAGGAUCCAGUCUUCACUUAUUUAUCUAAACGAUUAGGAAGGAGUAUAGAUGACAUAGGUCACCUCAUCCAUGAAGGCCUACAGAAGAACUCGUCCUCGUGGGUCCUGUACAACAUGGCUUCAUUCUACUGGAGGACAAAGAACGAGCCCCGCCAGGUUGUGGAGUGUGCCAUGCGAGCGCUCCACUUCUCGUCCAGGCGCAACAAAGACAUCGCCCUGGUCAACCUGGCCAAUGUCCUGCACAGAGCACACUUCUCUGCCGACGCGGCCGUCGUGGUCCACGCAGCCCUGGAUGACAGCGACUUCUUCACCAGCUACUACACUCUGGGGAAUAUAUACGCAAUGCUUGGGGAGUAUAACCAUUCAGUGCUCUGUUACGACCAUGCCUUGCAGGCCAAACCUGGCUUUGAGCAAGCUAUAAAGAGGAAGCAUGCUGUCCUGUGUCAGCAAAAACUCGAGCAGAAACUGGAGGCUCAACAUAGAUCCCUCCAGCGGACACUGAAUGAGUUAAAAGAGUAUCAGAAGCAGCAUGACCACUACCUGAGACAGCAAGAGAUCUUAGAAAAGCACAAGUUGAUUCAGGAAGAGCAGAUCCUAAGAAAUAUUAUCCAUGAGACUCAGAUGGCAAAAGAAGCACAACUCGGAAACCAUCAGAUAUGCCGCCUGGUCAACCAGCAGCAUAGUUUACAUUGCCAGUGGGACCAGCCUGUGCGCUACCACCGUGGAGAUAUCUUUGAAAAUGUGGACUACGUUCAGUUUGGUGAGGAUUCAUCAACCUCAAGUAUGAUGUCUGUCAACUUUGAUGUUCAGGCAAAUCAGAGUGAUAGCAGCGAUUCACUGAAGUCUUCUCCUGUAGCCCAUUCUGUCCUCUGGAUCUGGGGCAGGGACUCUGAUGCAUACAGGGACAAACAGCAUGUUCUGUGGCCAAAGCGAGCAGACUGUACAGAAAGCUACCCUAGAGUCCCUGUUGGCGGGGAACUGCCAACGUAUUUUCUGCCUCCAGAGAACAAAGGACUCAGGAUCCACGAGCUCAACAGUGAUGAUUAUUCUUCAGAAGAAGAGGCCCAAACCCCUGAUUGUUCCAUAACUGACUUCAGAAAAAGCCACACUCUGUCCUACUUAGUCAAAGAAUUAGAGGUCCGCAUGGAUCUGAAAGCCAAAAUGCCAGAUGACCAUGCACGAAAAAUUUUGCUCUCCCGUAUUAAUAACUAUACUAUCCCGGAAGAAGAAAUCGGUUCUUUCUUAUUUCAUGCUAUUAACAAGCCAAAUGCCCCUGUCUGGCUCAUACUUAAUGAAGCUGGGCUCUACUGGAGAGCAGUAGGAAACAGCACUUUUGCUAUUGCCUGUCUUCAGAGAGCUUUGAAUUUAGCUCCACUUCAAUACCAGGACGUUCCUCUUGUCAACUUGGCCAACCUUUUGAUUCACUAUGGCCUUCAUCUUGAUGCCACCAAGCUGCUACUUCAAGCUUUAGCCGUCAAUAGCUCUGAGCCUCUGACAUUUUUGAGCCUGGGAAAUGCUUACCUUGCUCUGAAGAAUAUCAGUGGGGCACUUGAGGCCUUUAGACAGGCUCUGAAAUUAACUACCAAAUGCCCAGAGUGUGAAAACAGCCUGAAGCUGAUCCGCUGCAUGCAGUUUUACCCCUUUCUGUACAACAUCACCUCCUCCGUUUGCAGUGGUAAUUGUCAUGAGAAAACCCUGGACAACAGCCAUGACAAACAGAAAUAUUAUGACAGCCCACAGUCACAGGAUGCUGCUGAAGAAGAGCCCUCUGAGAGAGACACAGAGGAGGACCCUGUACUCUCUGUUGGGAACUCAGGGAGGGACUCAGAUGCCCUUAGACUUGAAAGUACAGUAGUUGAGGAAAGCAAUGGUUCUGAUGAGAUGGAGAAUUCAGAGGAAACAAAGAUGUCAGAAGAGAUCUUGGCUUUGGUGGAUGAAUUCCAGCAGGCUUGGCCUCUAGAAGGCUUUGGGGGAGCACUAGAGAUGAAAGGGCGGCGUUUGGACUUGCAGGGCAUACGAGUGCUGAAGAAAGGUCCCCAGGAUGGAGUGGCCAGAAGCUCUUGCUACGGAGACUGCAGAAGUGAAGACGACGAAGCAGCAGAAUGGAUCACAUUCCAGGUCAAACGCGUAAAGAAACCCAAAGGUGACCAUAAGAAAGCUCCUGGGAAAAAGGCAGAAGCAAAUCAAGCAGAAAAUGGGCAUCGUUCCCAAACCAACCUGGAGAUCACGGGCCCAAAGGUGGCCUCUCCUGGGCCACAAGGAAAGAAACGUGACUACCAGAGUCUGGGCUGGCCCAGUCCAGACGAGUGCCUCAAACUCCGCUGGGUGGAGCUGACCGCCAUCGUGAGUACCUGGCUUGCAGUUUCUUCAAAAAACAUUGACAUCACAGAACACAUAGACUUUGCCACUCCAAUACAGCAGCCAGCAAUGGAGCCGCUUUGCAACGGCAAUCUCCCCACGAGCAUGCACACCCUGGACCACCUUCAUGGGGUGUCCAACCGAGCCAGCCUGCACUACACGGGGGAGAGCCAGCUAACAGAGGUAUUGCAAAAUCUUGGCAAAGACCAGUAUCCACAACAGUCUCUCGAACAAAUUGGCACCCGAAUUGCGAAAGUUUUGGAAAAGAACCAGACCUCCUGGGUCCUUUCCAGCAUGGCAGCCCUCUACUGGCGAGUAAAAGGCCAAGGAAAGAAGGCCAUCGACUGCUUGCGUCAGGCUCUCCACUACGCCCCACACCAAAUGAAGGACGUGCCCCUGAUCAGCCUGGCCAACAUUUUGCACAACGCCAAGCUCUGGAACGAUGCCGUCAUAGUGGCCACCAUGGCAGUCGAGAUCGCGCCACACUUUGCCGUGAACCACUUCACUCUGGGCAACGUCUACGUGGCGAUGGAGGAGUUUGAGAAAGCCUUAGUGUGGUAUGAAUCCACACUGAAGCUGCAGCCUGAGUUUGUCCCGGCCAAGAAUCGAAUCCAGACCAUCCAGUGUCACUUAAUGCUGAAGAAAGGACGGCGUUCUCCUUAGGGCACUCCUUUUCUCUCUCUCCCUCCCCCUUUACUUAUGCUCUAAAAAAAAAAAAAAAAGAAAAGAAAAAAAAAAGAAUAAGAAACCAAUCAUUGUCAAUAUCUACUUCUAAUGAUGUGUGUGAAAAUAACAGAGUAAGACUUACAACAGGACUUUCACCUAUGUGGGAAUUGGUUUUUGUUUUUAAGUUCCUCCCCCCCCCCCCCCCAGCCAACCUCAGAAGAGGCAUCUUUAGAAACACAAAUUUCGUAAAAGGAAAAUGCAGCUUAAAGAUAUUGUGUAAAUACUGAGCCAAGACAUUUCCAGAGCUGUGCUCUGCCUCCAAAACCUCGAUGCCUUUAGGGCUCUUCUCAGUGGUCCAGCAGCCUCCUCUUCGGAGGAGGACACAGCCGCAUUGCACAUUCUCUGCUUCCUGUCCUUGCCUCUGUCAACAGAAGUGCGAAGGCCCAUCAGGUGCCAGUCAGCGAGAAGCCGUGCUGUGCGCCCUCGCCGUCAGACCCCCGCACUAUCCCCAGUCUCGUCCGUGCCAUGCUGCUAUGUUACAAACUCUCAGAGGUAGUUUGCAGGGGAGGAAGGGGUAUAUUAUUUUAAAAAGCAAAAUAUUUACAACAACAAAAACUCUUAGGCUCACCUGCCCUUUGUAACGUUAUUUAUGUUGGGGAGGGAGGGGGGGCUGAGAAGGGAAAUUCAGCAGUGUGCAACAUCUUUAUCAUUUGUACUUUAAUUGCCAAUCACAGGAAACCAAUACGUCGAAAUCCUAUAUAACAGGUUUAUAUAUAGAAGAUGUAUAUUUGAAGCCCUCUACAGACCGAGUCUCUGUCUUACUAAUCCUUUGUUCUGUGUCACCCAUCUUGGAGUAGGCGUGUGCUCUGCUCCCUCCCUCUGAGGCCUCCAGACUUGGCUCCUCAGGAGAGAGAGGUGGGCCCAGGUCGAGUGUUUCCAUACGAUGCCUUUACCUUUGGUCCCCGGAGAACAGAAACUCCAGUGUUUUGGAAUCUUCAAGGGCACAUACUGAGAACAAAAAUAAAAGUUGUUUAUGAGCAAAAUGUC